UCUGGAUAGAUGCUAACACGUGUGGACACGGCAAGAAUGUCGCAGGGGACGCGUUCACAGCGGGCAGUGCGAGGCAUGUGCUGUAGGGCGGCGGUGUUCCCUGUUCUCCGUCGCCAUCACAAGUUAUACGGCCCGCAGAUUCCCUCGCAACUACAGGUAGCUUUGAGCUGUCCUUCAACCCUUAUAUAUGUACGCCGAAACCCUCUCGCCCAGGAUCAGAGUGCGUUGUUUGGCGAUAGAAGAAGAGAUGCCGAGGACAGAUGGUCGUUUCCUGCCGUCGAUGUGCCCGAGAAUUGGGAGCGUCGUCGCUCGGGAAGACGAGAGCGGCGGGGUCCAGGUCAAGGCCGUGGUGACCAAGAAGCAGCUGAAGCAGAUGGUGGCGGCGAUGGGGCAGGAGCGGAGCGCCCGUGCUGCUGGUCAUCGACUGGCGGCGUCGCCGACCAUGGAGCAGGUGCUGCGCUCCCUCCGCAGGCGGCACAUGAAAAGAGGCGAGAAGGGUCAGUGUCGGAGCCGGUGGCGGCCGGAGCUUCAAAGCAUACCGGAAGAGAUUUAGGAUAAGCAGCGGAUCUCCUUCUGCUACCACAUGAUGAUAGUGGCUCUGUAGCUUCGUAGCUUUGUUAGUUCUUGUGUCGGGGAGAUGAAAUUUUGAUCGCAAAUCAUGCCCUGUAGUCAAAAUCUCGUUAGAUCUUUCCUUGCCACGUUAGAAUAGAAAAUUCUCGAGUUUCUUCUGGGCAUUAACUUCAAAUUAGAAUUAUUUUAUAGUUAAUCCUAAAUUAGAGUUCUUACAUAAAAUCAUCUCUGAUUUGUAAUUCUGAUUUCUUGGAUAGAUUUUAAAUGAGGGGUAUUAUUUGGAUAUUUUUUGUCAAUUUAAAGAUAAGGGGAGAAUAAUACCAGUGAUACGAUUUAAUUAGAUCAUUCGAUCUAAAUCAACUUAUUUUUUAUUUUAAAUUUAAUUAUAAUUACCAAAAAAAAAAGAUGACAUACUCCAAUUUACAUAUAAUAAAAAAUAUCAUCUUCCAGUUGAGAAAAUGAUUUUGUAUUUCAUUCUAUUACGAAAAGCCACAUUCCCAAGGACAAGAAUAAGACCAUUUAAGAUGGAAAAGGAGGUUUAUUUGAAGUUAAAAUCACAAAUUAUUUCAAGAUCAAAAAAAUGUAAAAAUCUUGGUUUUUUUUCUUUAAAGGAUACAAUCAGUGAAAUCAAUACAUCAAAAUUUUGGAAUAAUAAAAUUCCAUUAAUAGGUACAUCAAAUAUUUAAAGAAACUUAUUUUCUUGUUAAUCCUGAAUUAGAAGAUUUCUUGGUAUGCAUCAUUUCUUAAUUUCUUGGUUAUCUUUCAAAUGAGUACUUUAUUAUGUUCGAAUUAAUUUAGAGGUACUUGUUAAACUAAUUAUAUUUUGAGCAACACUUUCCCUACCGAUUUAUGGCUGACUCACUGACCUCCGCUCGUUGUUGGAGAAGCUGUAGGGACCACAAGCCGAGGGUCGUUUUGCUGCCCUUCUUCUCUCACGUCGUCGCCUUCUCUCUCUCUCUCUCUCUCUCUCCUCUCCUCCUUUUCCUCCUCGUCCUUCCUCUCGCCUUCACCGACAACGCGGCGUCGCCGCUCAGACCAAACCAUUCCCAUCCGACAUCAAGCAUGGGCACAGUCUACCGGUGUGCGGGAUGCGGGGCAGAUCUGAAUCUGAGCGCGGCGCACCUCUACCCGGCGGACGCCCACUUCGAGGCCGGCAACAAGGGCACCUUCUCCUUCUCCUGGGUGGACGACGCCCGGCUCCAGUUCGCCAAGGAGGACCGGAUCAAGCCCUUCUUCGAGACCCCCAAUUACUGGGGCAUCCAGCGCAAACGCACCCGCCUCCUCUGCGACACGUGCGGCCACCUCCUCGGAUACGUCUACGACGACGGGCCUCCCGCGAUGCGCGGCCACGGCCAGUUUGGGUUCGGCCAUGGCCACACCGUCCCUCGCGCCCCCAGGUACCGAUUCAAGAUCAAGGCCCUCAACAUCUCCUACUGUUGAAAUGAUGAUCGUCGAGAACCUAUCGAUGCAUGAUUUUGGUGAUUUAGAUCAGGAAUUGGUUACUCGGGUGCUCGAGUGUGCGCUUCGGGUGUCCAUCGGAUACAGACGGGUAAUGCUCACGGCAAAAGGCCGUCCGUCGUCUCCUGUUUGCCUUUUAUUUCUAGGUUUGGUUUAUCUUUUUGUUAUCAUUAUUAUAAUUCAUGGGAAAAAAAAAGAAGAAAAGGCAGACAUUACGUUGCAUAAAAUAUCUUCUUCUUCCUCCUUCGAAUUCUGUUCUCUGUGGCUAUCUCUUCUUAUUUCUAGAGAUGUUUCUCAUGUAUGUCGUUUCUUAUAGUAAAUUUCCAUUAUUCUUA